AUGCUCAACAGCUUGAAUCCAUUUGUCCCAACGGAAAUGGGCGAACAUCACACUCAGUCUGUCAAACUGCCAAGAGUGGCAAUCACAUGUACGACUGUGUCUUCUCCUCUAUCUCAUGUUUGCAACUAACAUCUAUCUAGACUGCACACAAUGCAAAUGGAUGCUGCGAGCAGCCUACUUCGGCCAGGAACUCCUGUCCACAUUCGGCACUUCCAUCGGGGAAAUAGCCCUAAUCCCAGCAACAGGGGGCCUCUUCACUGUCCAUCUCACCUACAAUUCGACAGCAACAUCAACCAGUUCCUUGGAUGAAGUGCAAGCGCAGGAAGUCUUGAUCUGGGAUCGGAAAGCUGAGGGAGGUUUUCCUGAAACGAAGAUUCUCAAGCAGCGGAUCCGCAACUUCAUUGAGCCGGAUAAGAAUCUGGGGCAUUCGGAUACGCCUUCCUCCAAAGCAACGAAGGCGGCAACUACGUUACAGGGCGAUGUCGUAGUUGGAGGACAGUCGAACUCGGGAGAGCCCGCUUUAGGUGCUUCGACGGCGCAACAGAAAGGAGAUGAGAAGUGUGAGGAUUGUGCUUGA